AUGACAGUUUGUGGAGAAGUUGAGGCAAUAUAUCCCUGGAAAUAUGUUCAUCAUGUUUCGGGUGAGCUACUUGUAAAAACAAUCAGGGAACAAUAUAAACUUCCCAAACUGGAUAUGGUAUUCCUUAAUAUCAAUACAAGUGAGGGUUAUUUCUAUUCAAUGAGAAGGGCUGUCGAUUCAGCUCUGAUUCAAGGAUAUUGUGACGUGGCAGUGGCUUCAACAAAUUGGGAUUCAGAAAGAGCCAAGGUAGUUCAUUUCCAAUGUGCAUACGCCAGUUCAUAUUUUGGAUUUGUUCGUUCUGAGUUAGAUCCACAAAUUAAAGUAAGAAAUGAAACUGAUUUAAAUAGACCUGGCUUCAAUGUUGUUGUUUCGAUAGGAACAAUAACAGACACGUGGGCCACAAACAAUCUCAAAAAAGCAAACAUUAUAAGGCUCACUACGUAUGAGGAAGCAUUUCAAAUGAUCCUACAGAAACAAGUUCACACCUUCAUUGCUGAUUCACUCGAUAUGUUUUUGUGGUUAUCUCAAAACAGGAACAAUUGCUCCACUUGCUAUGCAAUUGAUGUUGCCACUGCCAUCUAUACUCGUUCUGAUGAAUGGAGAAGAACAUUGGAGGAUUAUAAAAUCAUAUUCAAAGCACCCGAAUGUUCAUUGACUGCAAAGGAUUUCCCAUCCAAUUUAAAUUUUUCAAGAGAUUAUAUGACAGUUUGUGGAGAAGUUGAGGCAGUAUAUCCCUGGAAACAUAUUCAUCAUGUUUCGGGUGAGCUACUUGUAAAAACAAUCAGGGAACAAUAUAAACUUCCCAAACUGGAUAUGGUAUUCCUUAAUAUCAACACGAGUGAGGGUUAUUUCUAUUCACUGAGAAGAGCUGUCGAUUCAGGAUACUGUGAUGUGGUAGUGGCUUCAACAAAUUGGGAUUCAGAAAGAGCCAAGGCAGUUCACUUCCAAUGUGCAUACGCCAGUUCAUAUUUUGGAUUUGUUCGUUCUGAGUUAGAUCCACAAAUCAAUGUAAGAAAUGAUACUGAAAUGGACCGUGCAGGCUUCAACGUUUCUGUCUCAAUAGGAACAAUAACAGACAAGUGGGCCACAAACAAUCUCAAAAAAGCAAAUAUUAUCAGGCUUAGUGGAUAUGAGGAAGCCUUUCAAAUGAUCCUGCAGAAACAAACGCACACCUUCAUUGCUGAUUCUCUCGAUUUGUUUUUGUGGUUAUCCCAAAACAAGAACAAUUGCUCCACGUGCUAUGUAAGAGCUUUCGGAGUGAAUUUUCCAAUCGGUUCCUUCGUAUCCAAUAAUCUAGUUGAUACAUCAUCUGCCUCAACAAAUCAGACAAGUAUUUUCCUUCCUCUCUUUCAUGUCUUGAUCUACAUCACUCUCAUCAUUUGCUUUUAA